CAUCUGCCCGCCCAGCUCCAUGCAUGCUCCAGCCUGUAGGCAGCUAUAGCUAAUUAGAUCUCUCAUGCUCAGGAGCCUCAUUCUUGAUCCGCUAAAAUUCACUUCUUUCUUUCUUUGGCGGAUCGAGAAUGAGGCUUAAUUAGCUUUUGUGUUGGUGGUUCAAUUCCUGAAAAGCUAAACUAUCAAAGAUCCGCGAUGAUGCCUCUAUCCUGCUGGUUCCUGCUCUUCUUCUUCUUCUCCUCCUCCUCCUCCAUCUCCGUCGCCCAGAUGCCUGGGUUCCAGAGCAUCGACUGCGGGGGCUCCGGCAACUACACCGACGAGCUCGGGCUGGAAUGGACGGGCGACGAAGCGUACGUGGUGGGAGGCGGUGGCGCGGCGGGCAGCAUCUCCAUCUCGUCGCAGCGGCGGCCGUACUCGAGGGUGCGGUAUUUCCCAGUGGACGGGCGCAAGUACUGCUACAGGGUGGGGGUGCGGGCGAGGACGAGGUACCUGCUGCGGGCGAGCUUCCUCUACGGCAACUUCGACGGCAGCAGGGUCUUCCCGGAGUUCGACCUCUACGUCGGCGCCUCCCGCUGGUCCACCAUCGUCAUCUACGACGAGGCCAAGGUGGUGACGCGGGAGAUGGUGGCGCUGGCGCAGUCGCCUUCGCUCUCCGUCUGCCUCGCCAACGCCACCACUGGCCAGCCCUUCAUCUCCACGCUCGAGCUCCGCCCGCUCAACGGCUCCCUCUACCACACCUCCUUCGAGGCCGCCUUCUUCCUCGGCCUCGCCGCCCGCGUCAACUUCGGCGCGCCCACCGCCGACCCCGUCCGCUACCCCGACGACCCCUACGACCGCGUCUGGGAGUCGGACCUGGCGCGCAGGGCCAACUACCUGGUGGACGCCGCGCCCGGCACCGUCCGCGUGGCCACCGACAAGCCCGUCUUCGUGGGCUCCGGCGAGCGCCCGCCCGAGAAGGUGAUGCAGAGCGCCGUGGUGGGCACGCUGGGCGAGCUCACGUACCGGCUCGACCUGAACGGCUUCCCGGGCAGCGGGUGGGCGUGCUCGUACCUGGCGGAGAUCGAGGAGGACGCGGCGGCGGCGGCGGCGCGGAGGUUCAAGCUCUACAUCCCGGGGCUGCCGGAGGUGAGCAAGCCGACGGUGGACAUCGGGGAGAACGCGCCGGGCAAGUACAGGGUGUACGAGCCAUACUACGACAACAUCUCGCUGCCGUUCGUGCUCCCCUUCGCCUUCCGCAAGACGGAAGACUCGGGCAGGGGCCCCAUCCUCAACGCCAUGGAGAUCUACAGGUACAUCCCCAUAGUCCCAGCGUCGGCGGACGGCGUGGCCAUGGAGGCACUGGCGGCGGCGUGGCGGGCGCAGGAGGAGGAGGAGGGUGGCGACCCGUGUGUCCCUUCCGCCUGGUCCUGGAUCAGAUGCAGCACCAGCUCCCCACCCAGAGUCAUCGCUAUAAACCUUUCAGGAAAGAAUCUGACGGGCGCCAUUCCACCGGAGCUUGCGGCGCUCCCAUGCUUACAGGAGAUCUGGCUUGACAAUAACAUGCUGACAGGCCCAAUUCCGGACCUCAGUGCCUCUCAAAACCUGUCAGUCAUACACUUAGAGAACAAUCAACUGGACGGCAGUGUGCCGUCAUACCUGAGUGCUCUGCCUAAGCUGACUGAGCUGUACCUACAGGAGAACAAGCUAUCUGGAGUCAUUCCCAGUGCUUUGCUAAGUAGAGGCAUUGUUUUUGACUUCUCAGGGAACACGCGUCUCCGGGCGGUGAAGCAAGAGCAGCGGAACGUGACGAUGAUAGGGAUAUCUGCGCUGCUGGGAAUAUCAUUCUUACUUGCAGCUGCCCUCUGUUGGUAUUGCUACGUGCUCACACGAAGAUCAAGAUCGACCGUUGUUACCAACAAGCCACAACAAGAAGAAGCAGAUGAUGCUGGACUCCAUCUCCAUGCUAGUGUUGGCACUGGCAGCAUCAAGAACAAUAUGAUCAAGGGCAACGAGGCAGCUGCGACACCAGCAGCGCUACUGAUGAUAAAGAAGGAGAUGGCAAUGGCGGGUCCGUUCGAGCUGGGCGAGCUGGAAGCGGCGACCAGCAACUUCGCGAGGAGGAUCGGGUCGGGCGGCUUCGGGGUGGUGUACUACGGGAAGCUGGGCGACGGGAGGGAGAUCGCCGUGAAGGUGGCGAGCAACGAGUCGUUCCAGGGGAGGAAGCAGCUGGCCAACGAGGUGACGCUUCUCUCCAGGAUACACCAUCGCAACCUGGUGGCCUUCCUCGGCUACUGCUACGUGGACGGCAGCAGCUACAUGCUGGUGUACGAGUUCAUGCACAACGGCAGCCUCAAGGAGCAGCUGCAGCAGCAGAAACAGCAGACGAUGGUGAUGAGCUGGCUCCGGCGGCUGCAGGUGGCGGAGGACGCGGCCAAGGGGAUCGAGUACCUUCACUGCGGGUGCACGCCGGCCAUCAUCCACCGGGACAUCAAGACCAGCAACAUCCUCCUGGACGCGCAGAUGAGGGCCAAGGUCUCCGACCUGGGCCUCUCCAAGGCCACCACCAACUCCAUGACCAUGACCACCCACGUCCGCGGCACGCUCGGCUACCUCGACCCUCACUACUACGUCUCCCAGCAGCUCACGGAGAAGAGCGACCUCUACAGCUUCGGCAUCAUCCUGCUCGAGCUCAUCUCCGGCCGCCCGCCCAUCCUGAUGGACAGCGCCGCGGGCGGAGGCAGCCUCGGGCCCUGGGCCAAGUCGCACUACGAGAGCGGCGACAUCGAGGCCAUCGUGGACCCGUCGCUGCGGGGGCAGUACCGCGACGUGCACUCGGUGUGGAAGGUGGCCGAGACGGCGGUGCGGUGCAUCGACGCCGAUCCCCGGGGGCGGCCGUCCAUGCCGGAGGUUGUCAAGGACAUCCAGGAGGCCAUCGCGCUGGAGAGGCCCCUUGUGCCGUCGGAGAGGGCAGGCAGCGGCUUCUCCCCAGCGGCCGGUGCGCGCUCCUCGGCGACGGUGCGAUCACACGACCUCGUCAUGGACAACCUCUUGUACGACUCCAGCUUCUGCGACUCCCUCAAUCUGCACCGCACGCCGAGAUAGCCAAUUGCAGCCAGUUUUUGUUUAUUUAUUUCACUCCGUUUAUUCUGAAGCUUUAUUUAAUUAUUC